GUGCACCAGCGUACACCUCUUGGUUGGUCGGGCAGGGCGGGAGGGAGGGAGGGAGGGAGGGAGGAGGGUUCACACCAGAGCACGGCCCCUUUACAGAGAACCCUGACACCAUCUGACCUGCUAUGCUGACACACACGUACACACACACACACGCGUGUUGUGUCGCCGGAGAAACACGGAAGGAACUUGCUAUCAUCUCGAAGAGAACGCGAUAUCAAAGCUCCCAUUUUCGGGACACAAAAUAUCAAAGGAAAUCAUCCUGCUGACGACAUGAAAGGAUGAAGAGGAUGCAAUUUGCUUUUUGCUCGUUUUGGAACAUUACAUCGCAUCAUACCUGCAAGGUAUAAUUUAGCGGGCUCUUCUGGAGGACGAUGGACAUUUAGGAGAACUUUGUGAUUGUGAAAAAAGACAUUAUUGCCAAUUUUUGCUUCAUGGAGCGCUUUCAUGUUUCCGCCUCAUUGCAUUUGAGUUUCCUUCUUACUGGGUAAAGACAAAUCGAGAACUGCGAGUUGAAGAUUCCGAUCAUAACGGUGAAGAAAAUUAGAUGGGAAAAUGUCUGCUGAGGUCCACCAGGAGCACAAGAAAAGGCUUCACCAGAAAGGUGGACACCUGCCACUUGUCCCCACCGUGACCCUGGUCAGCCGCAGAGAGCCCAGAACCAAAGACGCACUCCGACGCCGAGGCCUCGAUCCGGCGCCGGCGCCGAGUGUCCGAUUCGGAUCUGCUGAAGGUAGCAGAGUGCCGAAGGUUGGAACAAUGCCAGAUUCACCUGCGGAUGUGAAAAGCCAGCCCAGGUCCACCCCGCCAACCAUGCCUCCUCCACCCCCGGCAGUCAACCAAGCAAGCAGUCGUAAUGCUUCUUUCACCCCCACCACCAUGCUAAACGGGAGCAGCCACUCUCCCACGUCGCUGAACGGCGCCCCGUCCACUCCCAACGGCUUCAGCAACGGGCCGGCCAUGUCGUCCACGUCGUCGUUGUCCAACCAACAGCUCCCGCCGGCCUGCGGCGCCCGCCAGCUCUGCAAGCUGAAGCGUUUCCUGACGACCUUGCAGCAAUUUGGCAACGACAUAUCGCCGGAGAUCGGAGAGCGGGUGCGCAGCCUGGUCCUGGGGCUGGUGAACUCCACACUUACCAUUGAAGAGUUUCAUUCCAAACUUCACGAAGCCACCAACUUCCCUCUGAGGCCUUUCGUCAUUCCCUUCCUGAAGGCAAACCUGCCCCUGCUGCAGAGGGAGUUGCUGCACUGUGCCAGGCUGGCCAAGCAGACGCCGGCACAAUACCUGGCUCAACACGAGCAGCUCCUUCUGGACGCCAACGCCAGCUCGCCGCUCGAUUCUUCCGAGAUCAUGUUGGAGAUGAACGAGCAUGGCAAGAGAAGGACCCCUGACAGGACCAAAGACUCUUCAGAGAGAGAUGGCUUGCACCCGGAGCACCUUGCUAAAAGGCCCUGCACCAUUAGCCCCAGCCAGCGCUUCAGUCCCAGCACGGGCCUCCCUGCUCACCCACCCCCCAACGGCCUUCCCACACACCCUCCCAAUGGCCUGCCUCACCCGCAAAACCCUCAAAUGGGCCCUCAGCACUACCGCUUGGAGGACAUGGCGCUGGCACAUCAAUACAGAGACGCUUACAGGCAUAAUGAACACAGAGACGGUCGAGAAAGACAUCGGCAGACAGCAAUGCACGGAGCCCGCCAAGAGGAAGUGAUCGACCACCGUCUAACAGAUCGAGAGUGGGCAGAAGAAUGGAAGCAUCUCGAUAAUCUGCUGAACUGUAUCAUGGACAUGGUGGAGAAGACGCGUCGCUCUCUGACGGUGCUACGACGCUGCCAGGAGGCCGACCGGGAGGAGAUGAAUCAUUGGAUCCGGCGCUACAGCGACGUGGAGGAGAUGAAAAAAGGUGGGAGCAACGGCCAGCACUGCCUUCCUCCUCCUCCUCCUCCUCCUCCUCCUCCUCUUCCUCCUCACCACAACUCGUCCUCCAACACAGCUAGCAGCAGUGAGGCAGUGCCCAAAGGAGCUUCCUCGGCUGCUGAAAGGCAGACAGGCAGACAGACAGAGAUCCACAGAGACUUUCUGCACAGGCCUCCAUCGGGAUACCUGCCCGAGGAAAUCUGGAGAAAAGCUGAGGAAGCCGUGAACGAAGUCAAGCGGCAGGCCAUGUCGGAGCUGCAGAAGGCCGUGUCGGACGCGGAGAGGAAAGCUCACGAGAUGAUUUCGGCAGAACGCUCCAAAAUGGAACGAGCCCUGGCCGAGGCCAAGAGGCAAGCCUCCGAGGAUGCACUUACGGUCAUCAACCAGCAGGAGGACUCCAGUGAAAGUUGCUGGAACUGCGGGCGGAAAGCCAGCGAAACGUGUAGCGGCUGCAACACGGCUCGCUACUGCGGCUCCUUCUGCCAGCACAAAGACUGGGAGAGGCACCACCACGUCUGCGGUCAAGGCCUGCAAGGGCUUCCGGGGGCGCCGCCGUUCCCCUCGGCACCUCGGCUUCCGGCGGGGCGCCCCCCGCCCACUCGGAGGGCGCCCCGCCGGGUCCGCUGGCGCUGGCGGGCCAGAGCGGCGUGGCGGCCGGAGGCGCCGGCGGCGGCAGCAUGUCGGCCAGCCCCAAGGAGAGCAGUUCGAGUAGCGCCUCUCGCUCCACCACUCCGGCCACGCCGGCGCUGCUCGACGCCACAUCUCGCUGACGUUCCGUCCCGUCCCCUGGUAGGACAAAACCAAACUGAGGAAUCUUCAUCUCACCUUGACCCCCUUUUCCCCCCUUGCUCCUUUCAAAGUUCUCAAGUCUGCCUUUUGCAACGGGUGGCUUUGGCAUUCAGUGAGCACAAUGUUGAUGAGCGACAGCAAGAUAUCGUAGCGUUUGCUGACCAGGAUGUGCUCUUAAGUUGAGUGUUGAGGAUGACAAGACCAAUUAGCACUUCGAUUCCCAAAUCAUUUUGCCCCAAUGUGAGCACCCAGACCUGUUAUAUGCACUAACAGUCCCGUCUCCAAAUGCUAACAGAUAAGGAUUUUUUUUUUGGUCAAUGUCCUGCCGUUCCUCAGAAAACACAACUUAGGAUUUAUGGAACGUUUCUUUCUGGCUUUAAGGGAAAACCAAGAACAGUCCAAAUAUUCUAAAUAAGAGAAACAAAGCGUGAUGAUAGUGACGUUUGUUAACCAUCAUGAAACGAAAGGGAGUUUUAAACUGCUAACUACCUUGCUAGCGAGCCAAGAAAAAUCUACGCCGGACUCACCUCUCGAAACCAUUGUGAACCCAAAUGAAUUCAAAGAUAAAAAAAAAAAAAACAACGUAAUCCAAACCUUUGUAUGACACUGCCAAA